GCGGGCUCCUUUCUCCUCUAUGGGUAGCUCUGGGCAGGCCGCAUCUCCUCCACCCCACCUUGCCCCUCUGGGGAAGCUGAGACGGGUGGAGGGAAGGGCAGAGGGCUCCCUUCUGGACUGUGGUAGCUUUGCACAGAGUUCUAACCAGAGGAAAGGCUGCUGGGAGCCCAGGAGCUUUGGAUUCAAGCUGUGCCUGUGCCCACGGGGCAGGAAUCUAUACUCAGGGAGCCAGCCAGGGUGCCGGGAAAUCGUCAGAGUCGUCAGCCGCCCACUGAGAUGCUUUGAAAAUUGCCCUGAGCACAUCCCCAAAGAUCAAGGCCCAAGAAGCACACCUGGGAAGGAAAAUGCAUUGCAGACUCCUGUGCCGAUUCCUGUGGCUUUGGCCCUACCUGUUCUGCCUUGAAGCUUUGCCCAUCCACAAAGUCCAGUAUGACACCAAAACCCUCAUCAAAACGAUUGUUACCAGGAUCAACGACAUCUCACACACGCAGUCGAUCUCCUCCAAACAGAGGAUCACUGGUUUGGACUUCAUUCCUGAGCUCUACCCUGUCCUGACUUUGUCCAGGAUGGACCAGAUGUUGGCAAUCUACCAACAGAUCCUCACCAGCCUGCCUUCUGGAAAUGUGACCCAAAUAUCUAAUGACUUGGAUAACCUCCGGGACCUUCUCCACACGCUAGCCUCCUCCAAGAGCUGCCCCUUCCCCCGAGCCAGGGGUCUGAAGACUUUGGAGGACCUGGACGGUGUCCUGGAAGCCUCACUCCACUCUACGGAAGUGGUGGUCCUGAGCAGGCUGCAGGGGUCUCUGCAGGACAUGCUACAGGAGCUGGACUUCAGCCCCGAGUGCUGAAACCUUGAAGGCUGAGAGACAGCCUAUGUGGACAUUUCUCAUCCGGGCCUCCAGUCCCUUUCUCCCUCACUCCUCCAAGCCUCCCUCCCGAAGGUCAGCUCUGCCUGGGCUUGGCCACAGCCAACCACCAGUUUAUUCAGGCGAAAGGAUCCCCGAAGACCAGGGCAGACAACACGAGCGCGUGCUGCCCGAGUGAGGGUGGGUCUGCAAAUCAGCCUUAAGAAGCACCAAGUUUAUAAAUAAAUGAAUAAAUAAAUAAAAUCCAAACAAACCAACCAAGACAUGUGACUAAAUAACAAUCUCAACCAGAUACACAGACUUGAAAAGACGGAACUUUUCUUCUUGUGGGCAUAGUGCGUUAAUGCAGUACACUAAGGCCUCAGAGUUUCAACCCAAGUCCUGGGGUGGACUCGGGGGCUGGCCCGUCCAAGGAAGUCACUUCCAUGGGUGAUUUCAAGAGACCCCCAUCCCAAACAUCUUGCUGAUUACUCUGGAGAUUUAAUGAGACAAUGACCCAGCAGAGUGUCUAGUUCACAGUAGAUAUAAGCGGACCUCCUUCCCUUCACCUCACAGUUAGCAACAGGCUUUAAAUGUCACUGACCCGGCACCAGGAGCACAUGGACACAAACUCACCUUUGGUGUAGAGGACAGAGGCCACGUCCUUCCUGUACACUAGCUCAGGUGGAGGAAGAAGGGGAGACCCGUGAGAAGGGACGGUCAGCUGUGGCAGAAGCAGCCUAAAUGGGUCACUUGGCAGCUGGGGGAAGUGGCCGGCGUCUGUAUCAGUCAAGACUGCUUGAGCUGCCCGUGACAGAAACUCAAGGCAAACAAAUACAAAAAAAGAGAGAGAGUUUUUUGGCCCAUGCUGCUGAGAAGUCUGGGCCAUGGUCCAUCUCUUACAACACUUCCCUUCGCACUUAUCCCCAGGGACCCAGAAGGGGCUAGUGCCAUGAUCCAACCCACGCCCGCCUGCCUGAGGCGGGUAACAGAGGGUUGGGGAUGAGUAUUUGUCCCUUCGGUGGCCACCUGGACUGAGAAGCCCCUUCCCUCCUCCCAGCCCCAGUGGCUCAGGAGGCCAGCCCACGGCAACAUGCCUGUGAACAGAGGCCUGGAGACACCGCUCCCUCCUCUGAAAGGUGACGCCCGGGGUCAGCGUGGAAGGGCAUGCUCCUCAGAUUGUCCUUCCACCUCCUUUUCCACCCUCAGGCAUGCUCUUGCACUCCCCUGAGGCAGCAGUUCCCAUCUGCCAAACAGCUGGCAGAGUCUGGGGGUAGCACCUGGCCGUGUUCAACCUCUAGUGUCAGGACUUUUGCGGAGUCUGGUGAGAAAAACAUCGGGUGAACCCAGCAGGACCUUUCAGAAGACCCUGUCCCAGAUGCUUGCCGCACAACUGCUUACAACAAAAAAUAAUUACACCUCAUUUUUCAAAAGGACAGAGCAAUUUAUUCCAGACUUUCAGCAUCAGGAUCUAAGUCUAGUGAUGCCAGACUACACAAAUCCACCUGGUUAAGUUCACUGGUUCACUGUCAUCCUCAGCCCCAGGGGGUCCUUGCCCUGGGAACCUAUCAUCUCUGGCCUAAGGAUGGGAGCAUCAAGGCUAUAGAGAAGGUAACAGAGGCCCAUGCCCAGCUCAGCUCAACCCCAGCUCCCACCUCAACCCCAGCUCCCAGCCCAGAGGGUGUUCAACCCUUAGGCAAGUUACAUAACCUCUCUUACCUUCAAUUUGUCAUCUGAAGAGGAAUAAUAUCAUUUCCUAGUAGACCUUCAGAAGACUGAAUGAUAAAGUGUUUGGGAAGCUAAUAGCCCGAUGACUGAUAUACAGAAAGUUCUUAAUAAAUCAUGCUGUUAUUAGUAUUAAUGAGUCAGGGGAGCAAAAGGAAUGGGAGUUGCAUAGCAGACUUGGUGCGCUGGCUGCCUCUGACAUCAGCUGCAGCUGCGCUGUGCAGUUCCUGUGCACAGCACUCCUCGACCCUCUCCACUUGGACACUUCAGGGAGCCCUCGCAGCCCUUGCAGCACAGCUUGCAAAUGACGGCAGAGUGAUAGCCCCAGAGGAGCCGAUCUCAGCCAGUGGGGAUGAAACUCUGUGGAUAGAUGCCCCAGCCUCCCGCCGUCCACAGGGGCAAUUCCGAGGUGCACUGUUCUCAGACCGAGCCCCAGGUGCCCACACCAGUCACCAUCGGUGAGGCACUCUCACCUGUCUCUUCCUCCUUCCCUGUCUCAUCCCCCCCGCCCCUCACUCCUGCUUCCUAGGGUCACCUCUCAAAUAGACCUUCUGUGUCAGAACCCUCAUCUCAGGCGCUGCCCUUGGAGGAACCCAGAGUAAGACAACUGCAGAGCAAAAGGAAAUGGAUGUAGAUGCUGGGAGAGCGGUGAAGCAAGGUUCCAGAGAGCUGCGGGAACCACACACCAAAACCCAGGCAAACCCUGGGCUGCCCCAAGGUGUGAGGCCUGUGAGGGAAAGAGGAUGGGGUCCCCGGGAGGAAGGGAAUCCAUGUCAGGAAAGCUUGACAUGUUAGAGAGCAAGAACAGGAAGAGAACCUACUAGAACAGAAGAAUUACAAGAUAGGAAGGAAGGAAAGAAGGAAGGAGGGAGGGACAGAAAGAGAGAAAAAUGAAAGUGAAGAAAUAUAUAUAAAGUCAAACCAUUCGUGAAGGCUCUCCAGCCAUGACCUAAUCGCCUCCCAAAGGCCCCACCUCCAAAUAUCAUCACAUUCGGUGUUAAGAUUUAAUGCAUGAAUUUGGCGGGGGACACAGACACUCAAUCUAUGGCACAACCUUAUGAUAACUGAUUGGAGAAAAGAUCAGAGUAAAUCAGAGGAGUCUCACCCUGGCUGGCAUGGCUCAGUUGGUUGAAGCGUCGUCCUGUAAACAAAAUAUCAUGGGUUCAGUCCUGAGUCAGGGAGCAGAUCGAUGUUCCCCCUCUCUCCCUCCUGCCCCUGUCUCUCCCUCCUGCCCCUGUCUCUCCCUCCUGCCCCUCUCUCUCCCUCCUGCCCCUCUCUCUAAAAUCAGUGGGCAUGUCCUUGGGUGAGGAUAAAAACAUUUUUAAAUCAAAGGAGUCUCACUAAGGGGACCUGAUAUUGGCAGUUCUUCCUUCCCCUGAGUGCCCGCAGUCCCAGCACACUCCUAAGCAGGAGCCCACAGGAAAUCUCUCCUGCAGGGGCUUCCCCACCACGCCCCUCCCGCCCCAGGCUGUGAGCCUCUGGGGCAGCUCUCCUCCCCCAGUGCCCGGCUGUAGUGCCUGGCACACCACAGGCCCUCGGGUCUUACCUGAGCAGAGGAAUUGUGAUGCUUCAUAACAAGCCCAUUAUUUACACGCAAGCAAAUUCUGCAAAA